UGACGCAGAGAUGUGUUGUUGUUGUUGUUGUUGUGCAGGUCGCCAGUGUGGAGCAUGGCUAUGGCGCCCAGUUAAGUACCGCUGACGCAGGUCGCCAGUGUGGAGCAUGGCUAUGGCGCCCAGUUAAGUACCGAUGACGCAGGUCGACAGCGUGGAGCACGACAAUGGCGCCGAGGUCGCCAAUGUGGAGCACGGCUAUGGCGCCCAGUUAAGUACCGCUGACGCAGUGUGGAGCACGGCUAUGGCACCCAGGAAAGUACGGCUGAUGCAGGUCGACAGCGUGGAGCACGGCUAUGGCUCCCAGGUGGUCGUGGUUCUGGUUGUUGUUGUGGUUGCUGCUGUUGUUGUUGUUGUUGUUGUUGUUGUUGUUGUUGUUGUUGUUGUUGUUGUGCAGGUCGACAACGUGGAGCACGGCAAUGGCGCCCAGGUCGACAGCGUGGAGCACGGCUAUGGCGCACAGGUGGUUGUGGUUCUGGUUGUUGUUGUGGUUGUUGCUGUUGCUGUUGCUGUUGCUGUUUUUGUUGUUGUUGUUGUUGUUGUUGUUGUGCAGGUCGACAGCGCGGAGCACGGCUAUGGCGCACAGGUGACCAGUGUGGAGCACGGCUAUGGCGCCCAGUUAAGUACCGCUGACGCAGGUCGCCAGUGUGGAGCACGGCUAUGGCGCCCAGUGACGCAGGUCGACAACGUGGAGCACGGCAAUGGCGCGCAGGUCGACAGCGUGGAGCACGGCUAUGGCGCCCAGGUCGGCAGUGUGGAGCACGGCUAUGGCCCCCAGUUGACGCAGGUUGACAGCGUGGAGCACGGCUAUGGCGCCCAGGUGGUUGUGGUUCUGGUUGUUGUUGUGGUUGUUGCUGUUGUUGUUGUUGUUGUUGUUGUUGUUGUUGUUGUUGUUGUUGUUGUUGUUGUUGUUGUUGUUGUUGUGCAGGUCGAUAGCGUGGAGCACGGCAAUGGCGCCCAGGUUGACAGCGUGGAGCACGGCGAUGGCGCCCAGGUGGUUGUGGUUCUGGUUGUUGUUGUGGUUGUUGUUGUUGUUGUUGUUGUUGUUGUUGUUGUUGUUGUUGUUGUGCAGGUCGACAGGGUGGAGCACGGCUAUGGCGCCCAGGUCGACAGCGUGGAGCACGGCAAUGGCACUCAGGUCGACAGCGUGGAGCACGGCUAUGGCGCCCAGGUGGUUGUGGUUCUGGUUGUUGUUGUAGUUGUUGUUGUUGUUGUUGUUGUUGUUGUUGUUGCUGUUGUUGUUGUUGUUGUUGUUGUGCAGGUCGACAACAUGGAGCACGGCAAUGGCGCCCAG